AUUCUAACGUCUCAGCCAGGCCAAUCACAUCAAGUGUUUGCACCUGUGUGAGGCAGAGUUUGCUUCAGCCCAACUUUUCAUUAGGAAGAUGGAAAAGACACACACAGACAGCCGCGUGGCUUGGAUGCUCGACUUUGAGUCUCGUGGGUGUUUGGUUGGAGGAGCUGGAAGUUGGGCUUUCUGGAUCCACGGCUGACAGGGCAGCUGUGCUGCACAGUCCAGCUCAGCGCUCGCAGCUGUGAGGACACAGCGACUGCAGCAGUCAUGGCUGCUGGCUUCCUAAUUACAAGAUUAUUGCUGGUCUGUUUGUUGAGUGAGGUGAACUACUCCUCAGCUUUUCCAAGAGCCAGACGUUUUGUGCAACCGGGAGUUUGGCAAAGUGAAGGAGAGGAGGAAGAAGCCUACAACUAUGAGAACUGUCAUCCUUUCUACUACAUCAGUGCCCAGGACAAAACAUUGGAAAAGCAGGGACGUUUAAUGAUGGCCCCUUUCCAUAUCUGUAAACAAAACCAUCCCAUUGUGUACCAAAAAGCCUCAAACCUCAAGCCUGCAAACCCCUUGCAGCCACGAUCUAAUGUUGCCACCAAAUGGCCAAAGGAGACCGUUCUACCCCAGCCUCCACCACAGAAGAAAUAUCUGUCACCCAAACCCAAAAGCUAUGAAUUCAAUCUAAAGAUUCCCUUUCUUGAUUUCCUGAUAAGAAAUGAUGGAAAGAAUUCUUCUAAUAAAAAACAUGAUGGUGGAAAUGAUGCGCCUGCUGUCUCCAAACCAGGCUUUCAGGUCGGCUCAUCUGUUUCCUCUUCAUCUGUCUCUCAGUCUCUCAACACCCCAACCAAUAGCCAUUUUGUCCACUUGGCAAGUCAACACAAACCAGAGACUCCUGAUUCUUUAAACCCAGAAAAACCCAUUUCAGCCACGACUGAAUCAAGGCAACCCUCCUUAAACUCUGCUGGUAUGGGCCAUACAGAAACACAGGAGCAGCCAUUUCCCAUGAAACCACAAUCAAGUUCAACUUUAUUUGGAUCAGGAAGACCUUUCGUAAGUUUUGCAACACCCCAGCAAGAGACUCGUGAGCCAGUUCAUAUUAAGCCAAGUUCAUCUCUGGCUGAGUCAACAAGGCCUCUCUUAAGCUUUGGAACAACACAGCAGCAGACUUAUAAGCCAGUUCGUGUUAAACCUCCAAGUUCAACCAUGACUGAAUUAGAACAGCAUUUCCUAAACCUUGGAACAACGCAACACGACGGUUAUAAGCCAUAUCCUAUUAAACCACAAUCAAACUCUGCCAUGAUUGGAUUAAGGCAACCCUUCUUAAACUCUGCUGGUACAGAAGCACAGGAGAAACCUUAUGAGCCAUAUCCCAUCAAACUACAGUCAAGCUCGACCCUGAUUGAACCAGCAAGGCCUUUACGUUUUACAUCACCACAGCAUCACAUUCAUGAGCCAGUUCGUGGUAAACCACCAAGUUCAAAUCAGGUUGGAGCAGAACGGCCUUUUGUGAACUUUGGAACAACACAACACCAGAGUUAUGGGCCAUAUCUAGUUAAACCGCAAUCGAAGUCUGCCAUAAUUGGAUUAAGGCAACCCUUCUUAAACUCUGCUGGUGCAGAUGCACAGGAGAAGCUUUAUAAGCCAUAUCCCAUCAAACUACAGUCCAGUUCAACCCUGGUGGAACCAGUGAGGCCUUUACGUUUUGCAUCACCCCAGCAAAACAUUCAUGAGCCAGUUGGUGUUAAACCACAAAGUUCAAAGCAUAUUGGAACAGAACGGCCUCUUGUGAACUUUGGAACAACACAGACUCGUGAGCAACAUCCCAUUAAACCACAAUCGAAUUCAAACCUCAUUGCAUCAGCAAGGCCUUUCCUAAGUUUUGCAGCACCACAGCAAGAGACCUAUGAGCCAUUUCACAUUAAACCACAAAGUUCAACCCCAGCUGUAUCAGAGCGACCUUACUUUGGAACAACACAACAGCAAACUUAUGAGCCACAUCCAAUUAAACCACAAUCUAGUUCAACCAUGGCUGCAUCUGCAAAGCCUUUCCUGAACUUCGCAGCACCACAGCAGCAAACUUAUGAGCCAUUUCAUAUUAAACCACAAUCAAGCUCAGAUCGGUUAACCUCAGACUGGCCUGCCUUAAACUAUGCUGCUAUUGGACACUCACAAGCACAACAGGCUUAUGAGCCAUUUUACUUGAACUCGCGGUCAACUUCAACCCACUUUGGAUCAGAGGGGCCUGCCUUUAACUCUGCAGCUGCACGUCAGAAUUAUGAGCCGGUUCAUGCCAAAAUGCAAUCUUAUGACAGUUGGCCAUAUUUUCAGGACAGGUCAACGAUGUCUUCAAGCCAAAUGAGAGUCCAAAGACAGGACUCUGCCAGAAACAAAUUCAACAGGAAACACGACUACCCAAAACUUUUUGAUGUGGCUGGAAGUGAUGGUCAUAACGAACUUGCUUAUGUUUAACAAGUUCAGGCUCAAGGUUUUAAGUCUGCAAUUGUCAAAAGCUAUCAGAGUUCACAGUUCAUCCCUUUGCUUCCAAGACUUCUUUUUUCAUAUCCAGCCACCAGCCCUUCUGAUUUCAUCUCCAGUGACAACCAGGAUACAAACCCAAACAAUCUGGAACCAUUUUCAUCCUCACCUCUGUUCAUCCUACCUAACAACACUUUGAUAACAGCCUUGUCAGUUCAAUUGGAAGCAAAAAGUACCUGAGGUUUAGUUGUGCACUUGAACUGAAGAGAUGUUAAUCUACUGUCUACUCAUGUGAAAGUGCCCAUGCUCCAUCCUGUUUAAGUCUUUUGAUUGGCUGCUCUCAAGACGAAACAGUGACAGUCAUGUCUGUGCACUACAAACUGAGAGCAGGUGUCAGAGCAAAGGUUAGAAAUAUCUAGCUACUUCAACCUGUUAAGCUGACCGAAGUCUUUUUGUUUUUGUUUAAUCCAUACAAAAAACAUGAAGUAUAGAUUGCGCUCUUGCAGAGCGCAGCUUUCCAUGUUUGUGUGGCCGGGUGCACUGAUUUUUAGUCUAAUCUUGUGCCCUGCAGCUUCACAGCAAAAAGCCUCCAGGAUGUCAUGGUAUUUCACAGAGCUGCAGCCGAGCACAGUGACCUGUAGUUUCUUCAAACUGUAUAAAUGCAGAGGUGCAAAGAGGCUGUUUUCAUGUUUUUGUUGGAGGUUUGAGAUUAAAACACUGACAAGUUGUUGCACUUGUUGCAUUGGCACUGCAUCACUACUAGGACAUUAAUCUAAGAUAAGGAAACCUCAGGGUUUCCAUGGUUGAAGUCGCAGUCUACAGGCCACAGAGAAGCAGUCUGGCUGGCCAAGAGUUUACCACCAUAAAGCAUUUUCAGUUAAAGGUAGAGGAAUGUCUUGUGUUGUUUCUUGCUUGUUUUUGUGUGUUUUAGUUCCUGCAUUAGCUCAAACUUUAAUUACCAACAGAUCCAAUAGAGUUGUAAAUGGUGUGAUUGGGAACAUAGUCAGUUACGUGAUUGUUACAUGGUUUAUAACCCUUAGGUGACCAUCUUGUAGUCUGACCUGUGGGUUAACCACUUGUGGAAGAGUGGCACUGAUGGAAAAUAAACGAUGUUCACUAUCUAUAGAAAACUAGUCACUCAUCCUUGUGGUCUCUAGAAUUGUAUUGAGUGUAAAGCAAUCCAAUAACAUUUCAUGGUUGUAUACUGGCCAACUCUGAAACAUUUCUUGCUUUUAGUUUUUCUAAAAGUCACUGAAUGGUGGAUCUUACCCUUUGUAUGAAAAGAAAAAAAUUUGUCUCCAAAUCUAAGCUCUUCGAGACUCCCCCC